AUGAUCCAAUACACAGCAAUCAGAAAAUUAUCCUAUAAGGAUUAAGUAAAGCAAUAUUAAUAAAGAGGGGAGAACUGGCUUAGACAACAUUUAAGCAGUAGGUUGAUGCAUAGAGGAAACACUGGAGUUGAAAAUAAAUCUGAUUACAAUUCAAGGUAAAGUAAUAAGCCAUCAAGUUUGUAAAGAGAAUCAAUUACCCCUAACAGCAAACAAAAUGAUUCUUCAACUCAUCAUAUUCUUAGAACAAAUGAUUAUUCAUAAUCUAGGAGUGCUGCUCAUUAGUAGAAUGGCAUAAUACUGUAGGACAAAAUAAUGAAUCUGAAGUCUGCUCUCUCAAACAUAAAGAAUAACAUAAAUGUAUUCAAGACUAGGUAAACCACAUCAGCCUCACCCAUUAAUAGUCAUGACAUCAAAAAUAAUACUUUAAGAAUUAAGCAGUCACAUCUGAAUGCGACUAUCGCAGGCGAGAAUACAAUCGAACCUUAUAAUAAGUAUCGAAUGGAUGGCUACUCUUAGGGAUCAAUAGAAAGAUAGAACACGAUAUCCGGAAAUAACUCUUAUGUAAACACUUAAUUAACAACAAACUUGUUUAAUAAAUCAUAUGAUUAGACAUAGAAUUUUCAGUAAAACUCAAUGGAAUCUGCUAUAAAUCUAUUUGAUAAUAGUCCUCUAUAACGAAAUAAUCAAAUCAGUAAUAGUAUCUCACGGCAGGGAAAUCCAAGUGCGAAUAAUAUGAAUGAUAGAAGUUUUAAUAAAUAAGAUAACUACUAGCAUUAAAUUAAACAGCACACCCCUAUUCAAUCACAAAACAAAACUCAUUUAUAUAAUCGAUUCGAUCAGAACUAUAACGAAGAUCGUUCGCAUUCAGAUGAUACAUUGAAAUAAGUGACAGACAAGAUGACUUAAAUGAAUUAUAAAGGGGAGAGACUUUUGCAGCAAGUUAAGCAAGUGUAAAAUAACUAAUAAGCUCCUACUUUCAAUCAAAACUCAAUGAUGAAUAUUCAUGUGCUCAAUAAAAAUGACCUUUCAAGAUAGAGAGAUGACUCACUCUCCAACUAAUAAAUGCAUGCUUAGUCUUUUAAGCGGGAAUUCAGAAAUAUCAAAUUGGAUGAAUCAAAUUUGCACUCUAAUAGAGAGAAUGACAAGUAAUAUUAGAGAUGGGAUAAUGAUAAAAACAUGAAUGAUACUGAAAAACUAAUCAAUCUUUAGGGAGCAGAGGUUGAUGUUAGCAUUUCAAAAAGAGAUUCUUCGCAUUCAGACUUCACUAAUAAAGUUCAGGAAUUCGUUAAUUAGUCGUUAAUUCAAGAAGAUGAUUAGCAAACAUUUCAUAAUCAAAAUAACUCAAAUUUUGUUAAUAACUACAUAGAUGACGGCUAAAGGUAGUAUGAUAAUAUAAAGAGACCUACUAAAUCAAGUAAUAGUUUCUAUGACUCUAAAGGGGAAACUGAGAAAAAAGAACUAUACAAAAAGAUUAGCAGUCUUGAAACUGAAAAUCUCAUCCUUGAAAAUCAAAUUUAGGAUAUAAAUUAGAGACUUGAAAAUUAACUUAGAAAGGAUGGAGUCCAAUAAUCAGAGAUAAAACAACUUGAAUAGAAAAUUAAUGAUUAGGAGAGAGAUAUAAAUCUCCUAAGAUCAGAUAAACUUGAUCUGAUCGACUAAUUUAAAAGAUUGGAAAAUGAUAGAGAAUAACUAAAUAAAACUUACUAGUCAAUGGAAAAUAAGCAUCAUCGCAAGGAGAUAUAUUUGAGUGGAUUAGAAAGAUAAGUAUAGAAGCUGAAAGAGGAAAUACAUUUGCAGAAGUAUGUGCAUAAAAAUAAAGAAGGAGAGAAUCUGAUGCUACUUAGAAUGAAGGAAUCUGAGAACUAGUUAGAGAGGCUUAGACAAGAUGCCUUGCAGAUGAGAAAUAUCAUAAUUGAUAAGGAUAGAAUAAUUAAUGAGUAUGAAAAUAAAGUUAAUGAAUUAAUGAACUAGAAUUAACUGCAAAUGUAAACCUAUAAUGAGCUUGCUAAGCAAAUUACGACUCCCGGAUUUAGUUUCACAGAAAAAGAGCAUAACAGAAGAUCUUCAUUUAGAAAUAAGUCUGUUGAUUAUAGUGGAUUGAAUGGAAGUUUUGAAGGUUAAAUCAAUCAAAGCGUUUCAGGAUAUAUAAAGAAGCAUCAAACUAUUAGUAACCAUGAUGCUAGCAACAGUAGUGCUUAAGCAUUUAAUGUCGUUCAAGACAUCUUAAAACUUAUGGGCUGUAAUACAUUUUAAGAUCUUAUUCAUAAGCAAAAGAGUAUGGCUAAAGAGAAGAAGUUCUGUCAUAAAGUAAUUAAGUUAGUGAGAGAUGUCGAAGGUAAAAAGCCUGAUUCACUCAAGAAUUGCUGGUAAUGGAUAAAGGGACUACUAUAAGAUUUUGUCAACUUAAAGAAGAGCGCGCACGAUUAAACUAGAGUUCUAAAAAAAAUCGAAUUAUGUUUUAGCGCCUAAAAUUAGCACGCAUAUACUUAAAACAUGAACACUUCCUAACUAAUGAACUUAGCUGAAUAAAAUGAUUAUAUUUCAGGCUACAAUACAAGAGAUUUCAACUUAAAUUAAGCUGGUAUAUUCUCAGGGGGAAGUAUAGAAAAAUCUAACAGUAAUUAUUACUAGGCCCCAUCAUCAACUUAUACUCCAACAAGUAAUUCAAAUGUAAACAUCUUGGAUAUUUAUAGUGGUAAGGAGCUAAAUACUCUAGAGACUGCCAUAGAUAAUAAACUAAGGACUUUCAGGAAAUACUAAUGA